GAUUGAGAUUGAGAAAAGUUCUGCGAAGUGGACCAAGCUCAUGCCAAGUGCAGCGAAAAGGAAACGGGAACGAAACACAUAUACGUACCAUCGUCAUCUUCGUCUUUUCCGCAGCUGUUCGUAGGAAUUUACAUCGAUUUUCUGCUGACCAGGCUACUGUCUACUAUUAACGAUCAAAGAACACAAUGACAACCCAUUUCAGCAGAGGACCGUCUUUUGGGAUGUCAGCAGAAGUCAAAAGCAAGCUGGCCCAGAAGUAUGACCCCCGCAAGGAGGAGGAGCUGCGGCAGUGGAUCCAGGAAGUGACGGGCCGCAGGGUCGGCGACAAUUUCAUGGAGGGGCUAAAAGAUGGCGUCAUCCUGUGCGAGUGUUAUUUCACUGUGCAGUUAGAAAAUAUUGGAAACUUUGUCCGGGCCAUCACGGAGUACGGCCUAAAGCCACAUGACCUCUUUGAAGCCAACGACCUGUUUGAGAACAUGAACCACACCCAGGUGCAGAGCACUCUCAUCACCCUGGCGGGAAUGGCUAAAUCCAAAGGCUAUCACUGUAAAUGCGACGUUGGGGUGAAGUAUGCUGAGAAGCAGCACCGCCAGUUCAACCCACUGCAGCUGAAAGAGGGGCGCAACAUAAUCGGGCUUCAGAUGGGCACUAAUAAGUUUGCCAGUCAGAAAGGCAUGACCUCGUAUGGAACACGACGCCACCUCUACGAUCCGAAGGCGGGCAUGGACAAUCCCCUGGACCAAUCAACCAUCAGCCUGCAGAUGGGCACCAACAAGGGAGCCAAUCAGUCCGGAAUGACCGCCCCGGGUACGAAGCGGCAGAUCUUCGAUAAGAAGCUGGACAUGGAGCCCUGCGACAUGGCCACGGUGUCCCUGCAGAUGGGCACCAACAAGGUGGCGUCGCAGAUGGGCAUGACCGUGUACGGCCUGCCGCGCCAGGUGUACGACAGCAAGUACUGCGUCAACCCCAACGAGCAGGCGGGCAUGGAGGACGGCCUGGACGGGCACGGGUUCGAGACGGGAAGCGGAGCCCCUGCUACACUUACUGCUGCCUGACGCUCCCAGUUUUGUGCGUGUGUGUGUGUGUGUGUGUGCGGUUUUCUGCAAAACUGUCUCUGCUGUCACUCAAAGUGCGUCAGACCCGACAGCGGUGGUACUCAAACGCGGUCCUGGGACCCCCCCCCUGUGUGUGCUGGUUUUCGUUCCAGCCACAAUUGCAAUGCCAGAAUUUUAACAAGCUUUAUAAUUUUUCUUAAUUACGUGCUUUUCAUGCUCAGAGACAUUAUUUAAACUGCUGAAGCCACAUUGUGUUGGAAAUAGCUGUGCAUGCUCUGUAGAGUAAAUAUACCAGCAUUCACGGGGGGGCCUCAGGAUCAAGGUUGGGAACUACGACCCCACACCACUAUUACACUUGUUUUGUGUGUCCAAUAUCUGCUCUUAGAACAGUUUCAUGCUUUGUGCCAAAGGCAAAUAAAUGAACGGUGGAGUUUAAAACAUCCUAACAGUGGAACCGCGAGGCCACUGGAACUACGAGCCACAGUUAUGGAUAUUUAUGUCUACGCAUGGAGUUAAUAUUUUAGCCCAAGCUUAAUCCAGCCCCAUCCCACACCGCAAAUGUGACCGGUGUUAUGGGGAUUAAAGCAUACACAUAUAUAACUGCGAAAUGAUCUGAUGGUAUAUGAAUUCAUGCAGCUCUAGUAGCUUUGCCACCUGUGGAUCUAUAAUAGUUGUUUACUGCUGGUCGAUGCCAUGUUAGACACUGCCACACCAUGUGCUCUUGUAGAUUUCUAUAUAUAUAAAAUAUAUAUAAUUUAAUAUAUAUAUAUUUUAUAUAUAUAAAAAUCAACAUCAUUUAAAAUGAACUACAAUUGAGUAAUACUAAUAAUAAUAAUAAUAAUAAUUGUCAUCAUACUAAUAAUUGGAAUAAUAAAUACAUAAUAAUGUAUUUUUGCAAGUAUUAUGUUUAUGACUAUUAUUAUUAUUAUUAUUAUUAUUAUUAUUAUUAGUAGUAGUAGUAGUAGUACUAUUAUUGUAUAUUAUAUUAUAUGUUAUUAUUAUUAUCAUAACUGUCUGACAGGUAAAAAUCCUGUGUAUGGUUUUGUGUUAAGGCAGAAGCAAGUAAAAGUGUGUGAAUGGUGAACAUCAUUUCAGACGCAUCUGUCUACUGUGCGAUAUGUAAAGACAUGGUGCUCACGCAGUACUGCUAACGCAGUGAUGAUCUGGACUGAAGUCAUACAGGGCUUUGGUCUGUACCGAGUAACUUAUUACUGUGAUGUUCAUCACUUAAAGGAGAACUUUAAAAAAUGUAAAUGAGAAGGUUUAUGAAAUGUAUGACGUAAUUACAGACUGAGUCUGAUAGUUAGGACUUAAGUCUCGACCUUAUUCUGCCAUGUCUUAUGCAGACCAGGGUCAAAUAUUUAUUUGAAAUACGAUACUUUAGCUCUUUAGACAUCAACACAAUCCCUGCAUAUUACAAUUCUAAAAGAAAUACCUAUUUUCGCCAAUCUUCAAGAACAAAAUUCCUCCGUAUUUUUGGCUUUUAACAUGCUUCUUUGAAGGCUCACAGAGGUCAGCAGGCAUGUUUUUAAUUGUGUUGGUGUUUUUCAAGUACAAAUAUAACAAAGCCUGAUCUGAUGGACGUGGCAGGGGAGGGGGCACUCUUGGAUUGUGACGCUCAGUAAUGCAUGUUGGUGUUUCAUUUAUAUCAUAAAGCAAAUCAAAUUUCUGCUUACCUUCAGUGUCCACUAACAUUUCUUUGUUCUUAACCCUGACCCAAUAAAGGUAAAGGGGAAAUUGAUUUGUGAAAAGACUGCAUCAGUUGCAACAUAGCAAUGUUCUAAAUAUCUCCCAUCAGAAUUCAUGUACCAAUUAUGGGCCUGUUUUGGCUGCAGGACUCGACCAAUAGGAUAGCUAGAUGACCUAAAAAUAUAUAUUCAUAUACAUUUUUAAAAAAACAUUCCACCAGUGAAGGGAUCAAUAAAAUACAGUAACAUGGAGUUAUGGUGUAGUUUCCCCUUUAAAAAGAAUGUUUUCUCACUCUUUGAGUUGUGAGCUUAUGCGUGCCUAAAGUUUGCAACAUUAAAGAUCAAUGUAAUGUAAGCUUGUUGCAGUUAGCUGCAUGUGGUUUUAAGUGCAACAGAAUGACUUGACAAAUUCAUCACUUCACAUUCUAUGGCUUUGAUUUUUAAAAAGUCCCGGUUUUCCAAGACAUUUCUAUUGUGUUGAUUAAAACGUGCAAUAAAUAAUAAAACACAUCGGAUGCCAAAAACAAA